AUGACGACAACCCAAGCGCCCAUCAAGCAGGCCCCGGCUGCCACCCCCCAUUUCACCAUUUCCACCGUCGCCUUCGCCUCCGCCGCCCAGGCCCCGGCUGCCACCCCCCAUUUCGCCAUCUCCCCUGUCGCCUUCGCCUCCGCUGCCCAGGCCCCGGCCGCCACCCCCCAUUUCGCCAUCUCCCCGGUCGCCUUCGCCUCCGCUGCCCAGGCCCCGGCCGCCACCCCCCAUUUCACCAUCUCCACCGUCGCCUUCGCCUCCGCCGCCCAGGCCCCGGCUGCCACCCCCCAUUUCGCCAUCUCCCCUGUCGCCUUCGCCUCCGCUGCCCAGGCCCCGGCUGCCACCCCCCAUUUCGCCAUCUCCCCUGUCGCCUUCGCCUCCGCUGCCCAGGCCCCGGCUGCCACCCCCCAUUUCGCCAUCUCCCCUGUCGCCAUCGCCUCCGCUGCCCAGGCCCCGGCUGCCACCCCCCAUUUCGCCAUUUCUACCGUCGUCUUCGCCUCCGCCGCCCAGGCCCCGGCCGCCACCCCCCAUUUCGCCAUCUCCCCGUCGCCUUCGCCUCCGCCGCCCAGGCCCCGGCUGCCACCCCCCAUUUCGCCAUCUCCCCUUCGCCUUCGCCUCCGCCGCCCAGGCCCCGCCGCCACCCCCCAUUUCGCCAUCUCCACCGUCGCCUUCGCCGCAGCGUCGCCCCGGCUGCCACCCCCCAUUUCGCCAUCUCCCCUGUCGCCUUCGCCUCCGCUGCCCAGGUCCCGGCCGCCCCCCCGCUUUCGCCAUCUCCACCGUCGCCUUCGCCUCCGUCGCCCAGGUCCCGGCCGCCCCCCCCAUUUCGCCAUCUCCCCGUCGCCUUCGCCGCCGCUCCCAGGCCCCGGCGCCACCCCCCAUUUCGCCAUCUCCACCGCCGCCAUCGGCUCCGCCGCCCAGGCCACCGCCGCUCCCCAUUUCGCCAUCUCCACCGCCGCCCUCGCCUCCGCCGCCCAGGCCCCCCCCGCAACCCAUUUCGCCAUCUCCACGGCCGCCUUCGCCUCCGCUGCCCAGGUCCCCCCCGCCACCCAUUUCGCAAUCUCCACUGCCGCCAUCGCCUCCGCCGCCCAGGCCCCGGCUGCCACCCCCCAUUUCGCCAUCUCAACUGUCAUCUUCGCCUCCGGCGCCCAAACCCCGCUCGCCACACACACGCACAAAUUUCCAUCCAUGCCCGCUCCGUCUCCGUCUCUUCGUCCGGUGGCGACGUUUUCGGGCAUGGCCAGCUUCCUAGGGCCUGCGGCCGAUUGCAAGGUGUACGUCAGUCUGGGUGGUGCGGACAGAUUUUGUACGGACGAGUUUACAGGUCUACCGUUGCCCUUUGCCGUAUCUGGAAUUUUGUACCGGCCGCCCGCAUUGAAAUCGGACCCAUUCGCCGUCGUGUCGCCAGUGGCAAAGCUACUGCAGUACAUUUCCAAAAAGGACGACAAUUACGUAAAGGCCGCAUACGGCUUUGUGGGAUUGGACGCCAGCAAUGCCCUGACUGGCAGCCUGGCGGCGAUUAAGUCGGAAACGGCCUCUGUAAGGCGAACGGGCGUGCGAAUGGUGUUCGCCGACGCGGCCCUCUCCUCGCUCGUCAUCACCGCGGUCGCCGCACUUGCGGCCUUCCCCGCGGGCACAUUGCCCUCUUGUACGACGGAAGCGGCGCUCGUUAAUGCAGUGUACGGCAGCCUGGCCGCGCGCAUCACCACGUCGGCGUCACACGCCAUAUCGCUGUACGACGCGUCGUUGCUGAGUGACGUCGUGACGGCAGCGGCGAAGGACGAAUGCGGCGCAUCGACGGCGACAAUGUCGAACAAGUACGUGCAGGCCUUACUGACCCAAGGGUCACUACUCUACCAGAUGGCUCAGACGGAGCUGUCGGCGGAUGAGUCGUUGACGACGGAGCUGACGGCAAUGCCGCUGGAGGCCCUGGCGGUGACGUCACGAGUAUUAUAUGUCGUGCAGACCAAGGCGGCGGCGGCGCUGGCGGAUCUGGACGUCAAUGCACAGGCAGUACAAGAAGUAUUGGCCGGCUGGGUUUCGUCACUCGCGUCGGCGCCUGUCAAUCUGGCGUCUAUGGCGGCCGUUCUGGGGAUGCCGUCCGCGCCUUCCGCCACAAAUUUGAAGAUUGCUGCGAGAGCCACCGGUGGACUGGCUCAGUGUCGUGUCUCUGUGAAUGAUGUUUACCAGCUGGCGAUCACGACAGCGACGACGGACAAGGAGGGGGGGGCUGCGGUCCAGAACGUCAUGGGCCCUAUGGUUACCGUUCCGCCCGGCUGCCAUGAUGCCGUACUCUCAACGGCCAGCCGUACAGUUACAAACGUCUUUGCCCUUUCGGCGCUUACGCCGCUCGGCGUGGCCACUUCUGUCGUGGAUGCGGUUGCCGUACUUGCGUCUGCCGUAUUUUUUGCCGCCGCCGAGAACUUCACCUCCGUCAAGGCCCGCCACAUUGACGCGGAGGACUACGCUUCGGUGUACCACUUCUUCGGUGUGGGCAAGCCCAGCGCCAAAGACCGGCUCCCAACUGGAUCAGAUUUUGUACAACAAAACUGGCCGGUGACCGCGGCAGUUGGCGCCAGGACUUACAUUCUCAAUUUGAAACUCCAGGCGGUUCUGGGGCCGCUGAGCAAGUUUGUAUCUGCACCAGCACCAGCACAACAUGACUGUUUCAACCGAGAAAAGCUGACAGGUCUUUUGGGUGCGGGCUAUUCCCCCGAUGGUGUGGCUCAGGACCUCAUCAGCCAGAUGGCAAGGGACCUCUGGUCGGGCAGUCUACUGCCCGCCAACCCGGGUUACACGGGGGGCCUUAUGGGGUCGUACUACAGGCGGCGAACGGGGGGUUCAUCCGGAACAGCCGCGGGACGUCGACGCCGCCUGACCGCCCUCACAACGGAUCAGCUAUCCCAACUGUUAACGCGCGUGGCCUCUGCCUUGUCUGAUAGCGUGGGGAUGCUUUCCAAACUCGACGAACAAAUUGUAGCUGCGGCGGAGGCGGGGACGCCGUUCGACCCCGUAUCGGUGUUUUUGAGCGCUGCACAGAUUGCCUCCGUACAGCAGACAUCGAUGACGGACGCGCUAACGCAGCUGUCCGCGGCAGCCGCCUCCGGCGACACCGACGCUUUAACAUCGCUCAUUGGCAUGGCGCUCGGGGUGGGAGCGGCGGUGGGCGCAGUGGGUGGAGUGGCGCUCAUUGCCGUUGGGGUUUUUGUGGGUUUGAGGGUGCGGAAGAUGCGACAGAAGCAGCACGUCUCCCCGCGAGAAAGUCGGCGCUUCGAUGCCCCGCAGCAGCAAACAACUCGGGACCCUGAGGCCGGUGACGGCGGCGGCGGCAGUCAGGGCACCAAUAUGCCGGUGGGGGCUGCGAGCCUGCCACCGCCACCGUCGUGGGCGGCGGCGACGGCGGCACCACCUGCGCCAGCGGCGGCAGUGCCGACGGGCCCUGCACCACUGCCGCACACGAUUGCGGUAAUGCCCGAGCCCGGGGGCGCCCCGCCGGGACCUGCGGCACCGGUGUCAUGGCCGCCGCUAGGGCCAGAGGCGGCGCCGCCGCCACCUGCGGGUGUAAUUAAGGCCUAUGUUGACGAAGCCGGCGAAUUUCCGGGGACGGGUUGUCGGAUGCUAUAUAACACAGAGGUAGACAAGGCCGGUACCCGAGGGCACCAGCGACACACAGCGGAUCCCAUGGUCCAAGUUAAACCCGCGCGCCGUAUCUGCGCUGCUGAAAUGCGCGGCAAGUACGCCGCUUGA